UCUUGUCUUGUUCCCGAAGAAGUAGAAGCAUCGAAAGCGUUGGAGAGGUAUUACCGGAACGACGGCGACAAGGGUGUUCCCGAACUAGAGUGGGGCAUACAUAAUCUUGCUGCUAUGCUUCGAAGCUGUAGUGUGAGUCAACCUAAGUUUUAAACAGAAGGUGAACCUCUGAGAGAAUCAAGUAUAUUUUAAAAGAAGGGAUGUGGGAUCAAGGAGGACAGCCUUGGCAGCAGUGGCCCUUGAACCAGCAGCAAUGGAUGCAGUCAUUCCAGCACCAACAGGAUCCAAGCCAGAUUGAUUGGGCUGCAUUGGCCCAAGCUUGGAUUGCCCAAAGAGAAGCUUCAGGACAGCAAAGCAUGGUAGAACAACCACCAGGAAUGAUGCCAAAUGGACAAGAUAUGUCUACAAUGGAAUCUGGUCCGAACAAUCAUGGGAAUUUCCAAGGGGAUUCAAACUUCAACAGAAUGUGGCAACCAGAAUGGGGAAUGCAUCAGCAACCCCCACACCCCCCUCCAGAUCAGCCAUGGAUGCCACCAACACCAGGCCCAAUGGACAUUGUUCCUCCUUCUGAAGACAGCAACAGUCAGGACAGUGGGGAAUUUGCCCCUGACAACAGGCAUAUAUUUAACCAGAACAAUCACAACUUUGGUGGACCACCCGAUAAUUUUGCAGUGGGGCCAGUGAACCAGUUUGACUAUCAGCAUGGGGCUGCUUUUGGUCCACCGCAAGGUGGAUUUCAUCCUCCUUAUUGGCAACCAGGACCUCCAGGACCUCCAGCACCUCCCCAGAAUCGAAGAGAAAGGCCAUCAUCAUUCAGGGAUCGUCAGCGUUCACCUAUUGCACUUCCUGUGAAGCAGGAGCCUCCACAAAUUGACGCAGUAAAACGCAGGACUCUUCCCGCUUGGAUUCGCGAAGGUCUUGAAAAAAUGGAACGUGAAAAGCAGAAGAAAUUGGAGAAAGAAAGAAUGGAACAACAACGUUCACAAUUGUCCAAAAAAGAAAAAAAGGCCACAGAAGAUGCUGAAGGGGGGGAUGGCCCUCGUUUACCUCAGAGAAGUAAAUUUAUGUUGCUGACAAAAAUGCUUCUGACAGAAAUUCUGCUGGAUGUCACAGAUGAAGAAAUUUAUUAUGUAGCCAAAGAUGCACACCGCAAAGCAACGAAAGCUCCUGCAAAACAGCUGGCACAGUCCAGUGCACUGGCUUCCCUCACUGGACUCGGUGGACUGGGUGGUUAUGGAUCAGGAGACAGUGAAGAUGAGAGGAGUGACAGAGGAUCUGAGUCAUCUGACACUGAUGAUGAAGAAUUACGGCAUCGAAUCCGGCAAAAACAGGAAGCUUUUUGGAGAAAAGAAAAAGAACAGCAGCUAUUACAUGAUAAACAGAUGGAAGAAGAAAAGCAGCAAACAGAAAGGGUUACAAAAGAGAUGAAUGAAUUUAUCCAUAAAGAGCAAAAUAGUUUAUCACUACUAGAAGCAAGAGAAGCAGACGGUGAUGUGGUUAAUGAAAAGAAGAGAACUGCAAAUGAAACCACAUCCGUUUUAGAACCAAAAAAAGAGCAUAAAGAAAAAGAAAAACAAGGAAGGAGUAGGUCGGGAAGUUCUAGUAGUGGUAGUUCCAGUAGCAAUAGCAGAACUAGUAGUACUAGUAGUACUGUCUCUAGCUCUUCAUACAGUUCUAGCUCAGGUAGUAGUCGUACUUCUUCUCGGUCGUCUUCUCCUAAAAGGAAAAAGAGACACAGUAGGAGUAGAUCUCCAACAAUCAAAGCUAGACGUAGCAGGAGUAGAAGCUACUCUCGCAGAAUUAAAAUAGAGAGCAAUAGGGCUAGGGUAAAGAUUAGAGAUAGGAGGAGAUCUAAUAGAAAUAGCCUUGAAAGAGAAAGACGACGAAAUCGGAGUCCUUCCCGAGAGAGACGUAGAAGUAGAAGUCGCUCAAGGGAUAGACGAACCAAUCGUGCCAGUCGCAGUAGGAGUCGAGAUAGGCGUAAAAUUGAUGAUCAACGUGGAAAUCUUAGUGGGAACAGUCAUAAGCAUAAAGGUGAGGCUAAAGAACAAGAGAGGAAAAAGGAGAGGAGUCGAAGUAUAGAUAAAGAUAGGAAAAAGAAAGACAAAGAAAGGGAACGCGAACAGGAUAAAAGAAAAGAGAAACAAAAAAGGGAAGAAAAAGAUUUUAAGUUCAGUAGUCAGGAUGAUAGAUUAAAAAGGAAACGAGAAAGUGAAAGAACAUUCUCUAGGAGUGGUUCUAUAUCUGUUAAAAUCAUAAGACAUGAUUCUAGACAGGAUAGUAAGAAAAGUACUACCAAAGAUAGUAAAAAACAUUCAGGCUCUGAUUCUAGUGGAAGGAGCAGUUCUGAGUCUCCAGGAAGUAGCAAAGAAAAGAAGGCUAAGAAGCCUAAACAUAGUCGAUCGCGAUCCAUGGAGAAAUCUCAAAGGUCUGGUAAGAAGGCAAGCCGCAAACACAAGUCUAAGUCCCGAUCAAGGUAGUAUACUUUUUAAAGUAUUUUGUCUGAUUUUUUAAAAAAUUUGACUGAAUUUAUUCAAAGUUGAAAGUGUCCUUUCUCUCUCUCUUUAAUAAACUCAGUUUGGUACUUGAUAAAUAAUCAUAGUCUUAAAUGUUAGAAAUCCUAUAUAAUAUUAUUUAUUUAAAAUUGCAGAUUUUUAGUUUAAAAUACAUUUUUAUUUUUAAAUUUUGUCUUUUCCCUUUUUUUUUCAGAUCAACAACCCCUCCCCGUCGUAAACGCUGAGGAAUGAUGUGGCAAGAAUGCCAUGAUGUUGUUUAAAAAAAUUCCAUGAGUUUUAAGGGCUUGUCUCAUUAUAGAGGCACAUUGUGGCUGUGUAGGUGAAACCAGAAUCUUUUUUUUUUUUUAAUCUGUAAAUAGGUGUACUUUUUCCAAUGCUGCUCCGAGUUACUUAAUAGGAUUUCUUUGUAUUACGUUUUUUUCAAAAAAUAUAGUGCAUAAUAAGACUAUAAACAUGCCAUUCUCUUUCAGCUGUAAUGUUCUUAAAAUUAUUCUUGAAUGUACUGUGAUGUCAAUAAAGCUCUUUAGUUCAUUUUUGUUAAA